AUGCCCACGAUCCUCCCACCAUGGCCGCACAUUCUAUUUGGCAUCCUUGAGCCCUUCUCUUUAGUCCUCGGCAGCCUCGCGCCUAUCUACGAUCUGGACGGCUUUAUUGCCGGCCAAACACCACACGUCGACCCCCCAAUUCCACACCCCAGCUCACUAGCCUUGGCCUAUCAACUCGGCAAUCUCUAUUCCCUCCUCUUCCUUGUCGGCGUCGGCGUCUUACACACAACAACCGAAUCCAAAGUCAUCCGCAAUUAUAUGAUUGGUCUGGCCCUUGCUGAUGUUGGCCACGUCUACGCCACUUAUCUCGGGAUGGGCUGGGACGCCUUUGCAGAUGUUGGUGCCUGGAACGCCUUGACAUGGGGAAACAUUGGUGCCACGGCGUUUCUGUUUUUCAAUCGAUUACUAUAUCUGGCCGGGUUCUUCGGGUCUACGAGAGCGCCAAAGGUAGCUUCGAAGAAAGAAUAA